UGCGCUUCAACGAUUCAUGUUAAAACAAAUCAUGGUCCUUGCAUUGUCGAAUCUGAAGACUGGACCACAGAAUGUAAAGGCACUCCUUUCUGCAUAGGUCUCGUGACGCUGGUAUUGUGCAACGUUCACGGCAGUCUUGAACAUGGAAUUCCAAGGAGGAGCUUCCUGUCACGGAGAGCCAUCGAUGGGACCAGAGGAAGGAAGUAUUUCGACCCGGAUGAAGAUGGAGCGUUCGACAGUUAUGGAUCUGCCGGCGGCCAGUACGAUCCUUACCAAGAGAAAACAGACCUCUCGGAUAUUAGGAGAAACGUGCCAGGUGAGCCGGGCGUAGAUUACCCGGCAUACACGAUUCUCCCCCAGACAGGAUUUACUUGCGAGGAACGUUCAAGAGGAUACUACGCGGAUGAAGUGGCAGGUUGCCAAGUUUUUCACGUGUGCCACGACGUGCUGGUCUCCUCAUUCCUCUGCCCCAUAGGAUCUAUUUUCAGUCAGAAAUUGCUAACAUGCGAUUGGUGGACCAAAGUAGACUGCGCUUCCAGUAGCAAAUACAUAGACGUGAAUCGGAACAGUUAUCAACAAGAUGACGACGAAAUGAUUCGAAACGCGUAUGCUAUGAUCAGUCUUCAAUCCGGGAUGGAUGUCACCGAAGAGGGUCUAGUAGAUCCCGAUCGAACCGGAAGCAUAGUAGACUAUCAAAGGAAUCCAUCAAGAAUUCUGGAUUACUCCCCACAAGAUACAACCGGGAACCAUUUAAAAAGCAACUUCGAUAAUUACGGUGGACCUAUCAGUAGAGACUUCCUGCCGCCUUAUCAGCUGAAGGAUGGAAAGACAGAGACCAGUAGAAGUUACCAAGGAAGAUUCUACGGGAAAUCUAGACCUUCAUACGAAGACUCGCCGAUUAUUCGCGUACAGAAGAUCAAUGAUCCGGAUUAUGAAAGUCCACGCAGAAACACAGAUUUCCAGCACAGUUAUCAACGACCUAACGAAUUCACCAAUCAAUUCCAACCGUCUUACGCGCCCACUGUACCCACGGUGACUACUACGACUAGGAGAUUCUACUCUCCGACAGUUCCUACUACUUUCAGACCGUCCACUUUAGCUUAUAAUAAGCUGGAUCAGGACAUCGACAGUUCGGAUUACUAUUUUUCACACAGUAGGACGAAAAGUUUCGUCACCCCUCCAACGUUCAGGAAGUCGGAUGGGGAUGACGAUAAUACUAGGCAAGAUAGUUACGAGGAUUAUGAAGAUAUCAAUAGUGAAGAGACAAGAGACGGACGGUCCAAAGAACGGUUCCAAGUGAGAGUUGCUGAAAAUCUUAAUUUCAAUAGGACAGGAUCGUUAAAUGAAAGAAGACCAUUGUUAGGCAGUGACUAUAGAGAUUUCAAUCCAAUUAGGUAUAACGAAGAAUUUAUAGACGAUUUUGAAACGAGGGGAAGCAUCGGUUUAGGUCAUGCUUUGCACGAUUCGUUUAGAGGAAUCUCUAUUCAGGAACAGGAUCCCGUGCAAAAGAAAUCGAAAGAGGAAACCGGUUCUCGUAAAGAAGAAAUUAAGCACACUUUGAUUAAAUCUGAGGCAACGGAUAGUCACAAAGAGAAUAAAGAUGAAACGACUAAUCAAUAUCAAAUUAACGAUGAAACCGAGGAAGUUGUUCACGACGAUAUUUUCGUACCUUCCACUACGCCAUCAGUAAUCGAAAGCACCAUAAAAGCGAGCACCAGCCCUCAAGAAACUUCGAAAUUUUCGAAUUCCGAAUUUUUGCCACCUAACAUUGAUAGGAAGGAUAACUUCAGGCCAAUUGAAGUUUUGAAACCUCCGCAAAGUAAAUUCCAGAUAAAGGUACCAGAUUUAAUUGACGUGACCAGCUUACCACGUUCCUCGUUCCAAACUGAAGGAACUACUAAGUUACCAGCGUUUCGCACUACUUAUCCCGAUGAUUAUAUUGACCAUUCUACGUCUUUAGACGAAAACUCGAAAGUAACGAGUAAUUAUGAAAACGUAGAGACUACUACUGAAGCUAGUUAUCAAAAUGAUCAAACCACGAUAAUAAGAUCCCUAGCUUCUCGAAUUGCAUCUCGGUUUCCCUCAUCUUCUCCCCAUCCUUUGGAUGUCAAAGAUUCUUCAAGCGAUUACAAUGAUAGUUCUAACGAGGGAUCUUCAAACAGACACUUACCUAUCGCUUCUUUUGUCUCGAAGACGUAUCAAAGUAAUACUGAAAGACAGAGUUCUGUGGAAGACAUUACACUACCUCCAGUAUUUCUGCACUCGGCCAAAAAUAUUCCAUUAAAUGAAACUUCUAAAGAGAAUUUGUCACAAAAUUUAAAUAAAACGUCAAUUGUUUCUGAUAAUAGUUCUAAAAGUAAUAGGCUUCUUAUUCAUAAAAAUUCAGAAGAAUUCAGACAAAAUUCAAGAGAAAAAGAUAGUAUAGAAUCAGCAACAGUGAAUACUUCAUCCAAAUCUAUUAGAUCUGAAAUCUUGAAGCAAAUCGAGAAAACUGUUGGAGUUAGCAAUUCACCUAAACAGACAACAGCGAAUAAAGAUCAAGAAACUGUCUCCACUGAGGAAGACUUCGUCAGUAAGUUAACAGUCCAGCAGAAUAGAGAAAUUUCUGACCACAAUGACAAAAUACACGAAUUGGAAAUAGUGAAAUCUGUAGAUCCAAUAGUUCGAAGAACACACUUUGAAACUACUACUAGUGAUGAUUCUAAUUCCAAGAAUACCACUGAACUUGACAAGUUUAAAAAUCGCAGAACAGUCAGUCUUCUGCAACUCAUGUCGGAGUUACUUAAACUAGACAGAGUUCCUCGGCCAUUUUCAUUUUCUGAUACCCAGAAUUUAUCGCCAAGAACCACAAUUAGAAAUUUGAGUUUGAAUACAGAACUGGAAGACGAAACAACAACAAAUUACCAAGAGACUUCCACAGAGGACUUCAGAACAUCAGUACCUCAAUCAAAGGAAGAGAUACUGAGCCAGUUAGCAGAAAAUUUUGGGGAUCCUCUUUACGGAACCGAAAGAAAAUCUUUUGAUCUCCCUGAGAAAGAACGAUCGAUCAGUUUUCAAACUAGACUUCCUUCUGAAGGAACAAAAUAUUCUGAAGAAGUAAAGGUGCCUGCAACGACUGUUGAACCAACUCCGAGGUCGACUGAAACAACGCUAGAAACUACGCUUACCACGGAGAAAACUGUAGUGAAGACAGAAUUCGUACCGUCGAUUGGAUUCUCGUUUGACACUAGCGAAGGCAGGGAAGAAUUCGUAGAGGCUGUGCUUGGUGGUUUGAUCGAGCCACAGCCAGCUGAAAGCAAGAGGGAAGAAACGAUUUUGAAGGAAAGGGUUGAGGGAGACGCGGUCUCGAAGAAGAACGAGACUCUAGCAAAGAAUUGAGGAUAGGAAAAGACUUAGGUUUAAAACGAAAUCUGUGAUGUCCUACCGCUUCGUACUUUUUAUUAUGGUUCCCUAACUGUCUUUUGUCAGCAACAAAUUACAAAGUCCAACAAAAAAAGAAAACAAUAGCCGAUGUUUUACUAACUGUACCAUCUACCAAUGACAAGGAAUAGGGUUUCGAUAUGAACAUUAAAUACAUAUGUAACGUAGUAGAUGUGUGUGAUGUAUGCAAGCGCGUGCAAGAAACGAUAGGAAUUAUGCGACUAUUAAACUAUACAUGUACUUAUGUAAUCCAAUAUUUUAAUAAUCUUUAAAUAUAUUAUAUAUGUUCGUUGU